ACGUUCCUCUCUCCUUUUGUAGCAGUGGGUGAGUUUUGGAGCACACACUUUCAUCUCAGUCUCUACCACACACACCGCGUCUGCCUCAUCUCUCGGAGCAGCAGGAGGAGGAGCUUGCAGGAACAAUGGCGGCCCAGGGUCUUCUCUCUGGGAGGCAGCUGCUGGGUAGGCCUCUGCAGUCUUCCUUCUCCAGGUCGUCUUCCUCCCGGAAGUCCCCCUUCGUCGUCAGGGCAUCGUCCAGCCCCCCUGCCAAGCAAAAUGACAACAGGCAGCUGUGGUUCGCGUCCAAGCAGUCCCUCACCUACCUCGACGGCACGCUGCCUGGUGACUUUGGCUUCGACCCCUUGGGGCUGUCCGACCCGGAGGGCACCGGCGGGUUCAUCGAGCCCAGGUGGCUGGCCUACGGCGAGAUCUUCAACGGCCGGACGGCGAUGAUGGGGGUGGUGGGCAUGAUCGCCCCGGAGGCCCUGGGCAAGGUGGGUCUGGUGCCCCCGGAGACGGCGAUCCCGUGGUUCCAGGCGGGCGCCAUCCCGCCGGCAGGCACCUACCAGUACUGGGCCGACCCCUACACGCUCUUCGUGUUCGAGAUGGCACUGAUCGGCUUCGCAGAGCACCGGCGGCUCCAGGACUGGUACAACCCGGGUUCCAUGGGGAAGCAGUACUUCCUGGGUCUCGAGAAGUACCUCGGCGGCUCCGGCGACCCCGCCUACCCCGGCGGGCCCAUCUUCAACCCACUCGGGUUCGGCACCAAGAGCGAGAAGGAGAUGAAGGAGCUCAAGCUCAAGGAGAUCAAGAACGGCCGUCUCGCCAUGCUCGCCUUCCUCGGCAUGUCGCUGCAGGCCAUCUUCACCGGCGUCGGGCCCUUCCAGAACCUCCUCGACCACCUCUCCGACCCCGUCAACAACAACAUCCUCACCAGCCUCAAGUUCCACUAGGCGAAAUCCGAGCAUCGUCGUCCUGUGCAUGGUACCCGUCUGUCGUCGUGGGAAACGUGAGCGCGCGAGCGGUAUAUAUGCGAGGGUGGGUGUAAAAUGUAAAUUUGUACGCGUGCUGCGUGCAUGCUUGUAAUAUUUAUAUCGUGCUAUGAAAAUUAGUGCAUUGCAUCUCUCACCA